GUCGCCGACGCACCUCAGCUCCCAACAUGGCCCUCAAGCUUGUCCUCCUGUUCGCCUUCGUGGCGGUCGCCCUCGCUGACACGACUCCCUACGGGCCGCCCCCUCCUCCUCCUCCUACCUAUAGCCCCCCCGCCCCAACCUACAGCGCCCCUGCACCUUCCUACAGUGCACCUCAGCCAGUGAGUCCCCCCAAGUAUGACUUCACCUGGAACGUCAAGGACGACUAUUCCGGCAACGACUACGGCCACCAGGAGGCCCGCGACGGCUACGACACCCAGGGAUCCUACUACGUGCAGCUGCCCGACGGCCGCCUGCAGCAGGUCACCUACACAGUCAACGGCGACUCAGGCUUCGUGGCCCAGGUCAACUACCAGGGCGAGGCCCAGUACCCAACACAGCAGGGCUACGGCUCCGCCCCGUCCUACCAGGCCCCCGCCCCGUCCUACCAGCAGCCCCGCCCGUCCUACGCGUAAUGCUCCACCCUCGUGACGGCCAAGUCUUUCUGUCUUUGUAAAUACUCCAUUACACCAGUCACUGUGCGUGCGUCAUUCCCACAAAGCAAUAAACGAAUGCGAUAAAA